GGGACCCAAGCGACCUGGACCUCGCCGUGAUCGGACCAGGAGAUGAGUACUUGCAGUUCAACCUCACAGAGGGGGAUUACUACAGGGUCAGCGACUAUGGCACGUACGCAGUGCAGUGCAACCCAGGAGACAACUGCGGAUUGCCCGUGCUAGCGACGAUGUUUGUUCUCGCGCUGACGGGAGAGUAUGAAGUGCAGGUCUACCGCCGGGCGACGGCCUCCACGCCUUGGCAAGACAUCCAGAUCACGGCUCUUGUGAGACUCUGCGGAGAGGACACCGAGUACAGCUUCCUCCUUCCUUCCUAUGAGCAUAAUGAUACCAUCGCCAGCGACAUCA